CGUGGUCACACUGGCCGCGUUUGCAGCCGGCGUUUGUUUUGGUAAUUAUUUUAAUUUAAGUUUUUGCCAUUUAAAAGCGUGAAAAUGAAGCGCAGAAGUCAAACGCAAGCGCAGACGGCUAAAGAGGCCAACAAGAAGCCAAAGGAAAAGGCCGGAGCUUUAACUUUGGCCCAGUUCAGCUCUGAUGUUAUUUGGCAGCUGGCAUCAAAGUAUUGGUCACCGGAAUCCAAGUCCGAGCAUUUGCCCUACAAUGGGGACAUCAUCGAACGCAUUUACGCAGAUGAGAUGUCGAGCGGAAAAGCGAGUGCGCGACGCAUCAACAUGCUGGAGUUCAGCCAAUAUCUGGAGCAGUAUUUGUGGCCCAAUUACAAUCGCGAGAAGGCGACACAUGCCCAUCUCAUGUCCAUAGUGAUAAUGGCCAAUGAGAAGUUCCGCGAACGCGUUGAGGUUUGGAAUGUGUUUGAGCAAUUGCCAGAUCAGUAUCCAGCAUUCUUUCGCCACGUCUUGGAGUCGUGUUUGCCCGCUCCGGGAACAAGUGAAAAUAAGAGCACGCUGAGGGAACGAACAGCACUGCUUAUGUUCCUCAAUCACUGCUUCAACAGCAUGGAAAUCGAACUGUGUCGCGAACAGGCCAAGCGGCUAGUCUCCCUCUCCAUGUGGCACUGCCUGCAGCCGCGUCGCCGCGAACAGGAGCUGCGGGAUGUGCCUGAAUGGCGCAAGUACUGGAAGCGUCUGCAGAAGAAGGAGAAAGAUAGUCCCAAGCCAGAUGUAAUGUGGGAGCGUCACUUCAUGCAGAACCUAAUCAUUGAUUUUCUACGGAUAUUGGAACGCAUUCCCGCUAAAGGCGAACUCAACAGCAAUGUCGUGCACUAUUGCGAACGCUUCUUGGAGUUCAUCAUUGAUCUGGAGGCACUGUUGCCCACACGCCGAUUCUUCAACACAGUCCUCGAUGAUUGUCAUCUGAUUGUGCGGGCUUUAAUGAGUCCGCUGGUGCAGCGGGAGGAGGGCAAACUAUUUGGACAGUUGUUGGACAUGCUUAAGUUCUACACCCGAUUCGAGAUCAAUGAUGUGACUGGAAACUCUCUAACGGAUCACGAUAUGACCCAAUUGCAUUAUAAGAAGAUAACCUCGCUGCAGCGUGCAAUGUUUGCCAAGUUCUCCUCACUGCGCGUCUUUGCCUUGUCCAAUGUGGCGACUGUGGACAAUCGGGAGUCGCUGGAGAAGCAUUUUGGAUCCUUGGAUGCGGAUGGACUGAAACAGAUUGCAUCAUUUCUUAAUCUGGUGCCGGAUGAGGCUGUUGAACCGUUUCAGUGGCAUCGCUUGGAUGAGGAUUUUUUGCGUGAAUUGUUGAUAACGCGACAUGAGAAACGGUGCUCACAGCUGGAGGCACUGAACGAGAUGCCUCUGUAUCCCACCGAGCAAAUCAUUUGGGAUGAGAAUGUGGUGCCAUCGGAGUACUACACGGGUGACACUUGCCUGGCUCUGCCCAAGCUCAAUUUGCAAUUCCUCACGCUGCACGAUUAUCUGCUGCGCAACUUUAAUCUGUUUCGACUGGAGUCCACCUACGAGAUCCGUCAGGACAUUGAGGAUGCGGUCAGCCGCAUGCUGCCCUGGCAGUCGGAGGAUGGUGACGUUGUCUUUGGCGGCUGGGCACGCAUGGCACUGCCCAUUGCCAGCUUUGCCGUUGUCGAGGUGGCCAAGCCGCAUCUUGGCGAGAAGAAGCCAUCUCGAGUGCGUGCCGAUGUCGGCGUAACGCUCUCAGUGCGUCGCGAGAUCAAGGAUGAAUGGGAGAACCUGCGCAAACAUGACGUGUGCUUUUUGAUCACAGUCAAACCCACGCAACCCUACGGCACCAAGUACAAUCCCAGAGAACCCUUUAUACCCCAAGUGGGAUUGGUCAGCGUGCGCGGCUGCGAGGUGGAGGGCAUGCUGGAUGCCAAUGGACGUGUCAUAGAGGACGGACCAGAACCACGCCCCCAAUUGCCGGGUGAGCAGCGCAACUAUCGCGUCUGGUUGGACUCCAAUCAGUAUCGCAUGGACAUGGACGACUUGCAGGACGGCUCUGACGAUGUCUACGAAAGUUUCAACAUAUUGAUGCGCCGCAAGCCCAAGGAGAACAACUUUAAGGCCGUACUGGAGACCAUACGCCAUCUAAUGAACACGGAGUGCGUAGUGCCACCCUGGCUGCAUGACAUACUCCUCGGUUACGGCGAUCCAGCUGCGGCACAUUACAGCAAUAUGCCCAAUCAAGAGCGUACUCUCGAAUUCAAUGACACCUUCCUGGACUAUGAUCACUUGCAGGCGAGUUUUCCAGACUAUGAGCUCAAGUGUGAGGCAGCGGAGGGGAACAAGGAGCCGCCGUAUCGUCUCAUCUUCGAAGACGUGCCCGAACAGCGGGACAGUGAUGCAGAGGAGGAGGAGGAGGCCAAGCAUCAAGCUGUUACUAAAUCCAUUACUGUGCAACCGUACAAGUACGAGGCAAGAGGUCCCUAUCCCAGCGACAAACCCAAGCAAAAUUGCAUACGCUUUACGCCCACGCAAAUUGAAGCCAUACGAGCGGGAAUGCAGCCUGGCCUUACUCUGGUGGUGGGUCCGCCGGGUACGGGCAAAACGGAUGUUGCCGUGCAGAUCAUUUCCAACAUCUACCACAAUCAGCCCAAUCAACGUACGCUGAUUGUGACACACUCCAAUCAGGCGCUGAAUCAGCUUUUUGAGAAAAUCAUGGCACUGGACAUUGAUGAACGGCAUCUGUUGCGUCUGGGCCAUGGCGAGGAAGCGCUGGAAACUGAGAAGGAUUACAGUCGUUAUGGUCGCGUCAACUAUGUGCUGGCCAAGCGCAUGGACUUGCUGAGUCAAGUGCAACGGCUGCAGGAGGCGGUCGGUGUGAGCGGAGACAAUGCUUACACCUGCGAGACGGCGGGCUACUUCUAUCUGUACAACGUUAUGGCGCGUUGGGAGAAGUUCCAAAGUCAGAUGGAUGCACACCGUGAGGAGUCGGACAUGGGCAAGCUAAGUCAACUGUUUGAGACUGAGUUUCCCUUUGGCAAAUUCUUUGCCGACGCACCACAACCUCUCUUUAAGGCAACGAGCUUUGAUGACCUCAUGGGCAUUGCCGAGUCCAACUUUCGUUAUAUCUCAGAUAUAUUUACGGAGCUUGAGGAAUUCCGGGCGUUUGAGCUGUUGCGCACAGGCCUCGAUCGCUCCAAGUAUUUAUUGGUGAAGGAGGCAAAAAUCAUUGCCAUGACCUGCACACAUGCUGCGCUCAAACGCAAGGAGUUGGUUAAUCUUGGCUUUCGCUAUGACAACAUAUUGAUGGAGGAAUCGGCUCAGAUUUUGGAGAUUGAGACCUUUAUACCACUACUGCUGCAAAAUCCACUGGACGGGCUGAAUCGAUUGAAACGCUGGAUCAUGAUUGGCGAUCACCAUCAGUUGCCGCCUGUCAUUAAGAAUAUGGCCUUCCAGAAGUACUCGAAUAUGGAGCAGAGUCUGUUUACGAGACUGGUGCGCCUCGGUGUGCCCACUGUUGAUCUGGAUGGUCAGGGACGUGCACGUUCCAGCAUAUGUUCCUUGUACAAGUGGCGGUAUAAGAAACUGGCGGACUUGCAGCACAUCUUUGAGCAUGACGAAUACAAGAAGGCAAAUGCGGGCUUGGCUUACGACUAUCAGCUCAUCAAUGUGGAGGAUUUCAAGGGUGUGGGUGAAAGCGAACCCAAUCCGUUCUUCUAUCAGAACCUCGCCGAGGCAGAGUAUAUUGUUGCUUUGUACAUGUAUAUGCGGUUACUGGGCUAUCCUGCUGCUAAGAUAUCCAUACUGACGACCUACAAUGGUCAGAAGCAUCUUAUACGCGACGUUAUCAAUGCACGCUGCGGCAACAAUCCGCUCAUUGGUUGGCCGCAUAAGAUUACCACCGUUGACAAGUAUCAGGGCCAGCAGAAUGAUUACAUACUCAUCUCUCUGGUGCGCACCAAGGCUGUGGGUCAUCUGCGUGAUGUUCGCCGCUUGGUUGUCGCCAUGAGUCGUGCACGUCUUGGUCUCUACAUCUUUGGACGCGUUUCGUUGUUUAAGAACUGCUUGGAACUGCAGCAGACAUUCAAAUUGCUUAUGCAACGCCCGUUGAAGCUGCGCCUUGUAUCUUCAGAUGAAUAUCCCACCAACAGACUGACCUCCGACCCGUUGACCGAUGACGGCAGCAAAACCGUGGAAAACAUGUCUGAAAUGGCAGAGUUUGUCUAUAAGCUCUACAUGAACAAAAUGGAACAGCUUAAGGAUAAACUGCCCACAGAGGAAGAAAUGCGCGCACUGCGUAGACAAUUGCCAACUGAAGACGAUGAUGAAAAUGACGAGGAGGACGCAGUAGAUUCAAAUGUAGCUGAGAUCAACGAGGAGCCACCACAGAAGCGUGUUGCGAAUGAAAAAGCUAAGAAAACGCCAGAAGCUUUCAAGCCCACACCCAUACUAAACGAGAUAAAUGUGGAUGAGGCCGAAGUGGAGCAACAGAAACAAGAACCCGAAACAGUUAAAGAGACGUCCACUCAGCAGGCAGCUGAAGAAACGACGACCAUGGAUGAAUCUUAGCUAUUCAGUAAAUUUAAUUGCAAUAAGUUCUAACAAAUCAUUAAACGCGACAAAUACAAAACACACACAUACACACACA